AUGAACGCCCUCCGCCCCACCGCCCGCAGGCUAGCAGCAGCCCUCAACUCCUCCAAAGACCACGGCAUGACCCCCGGCCCCAUGGCCCUGCUGCCGCCCAUUUAUCUUUACCGGAGACUGUUGCGGGCCCACAGGAAACAUCUCCCGCAGGAGAUGAGACUUUUGGGAGACGAGUAUGUGAAGGCCGAGUUUAGGGCGCAUCGGAGCGUGGAUAACCCGGCGCAUUUGAUCGGCUUCCUAACAGAGUGGCAACUCUACGCUCAAAAGAUUGAAGGAAACUCGUGGGUGGGCGAGAAGUUGGAUAAGGGCAAGGUUGAGAAGAUGAGUGACGAGCAAAUCGGCCAACUAUACGAGCUCAUGCAAGCCAUCCAAAAGCGCGGAACAGAAGGAGAUCUUCAGGACGGUGACGGUGGAGAGUCCGGGCAGAACCAGUCGUAA